GAGAAAACUACGAGACUCAUCAAGAUUCACCGACUUCAGGUGAUGUUUGUCGUAGCUAACUCACUUCGUUGCGCUCUACGGAAGACCAUACAUCGUACUAUUCCUCGCUUUACUUCCACGUCUACAUCACUAGCUCGCGAUGUUCAAAGAACUUGGAACGAUUUGCCGGUCCGUGUACAGCCUGAGAUCAACGACAAAGACGACGGGGGACAAUUUGUGUUUGACGAAGAGCCACUUGCGCUCUCGCCUGAGAAAGGUUUCGGAUAUUACCCCAUCACCUUGGGACAGCAGUUAGGAGAAGGAAAGCUUGAGAUUGUGAGAAAGCUUGGAUGGGCCGGUCAUUCCAGUGUCUGGCUCGCACGCACCCUGGGAAACGCAUAUCCAGCGAAAUAUGUUGCCGUCAAGGUUCUUACAGUCAACGCAACUGCAGGUGUGGUGCGAGGAUUUUUAUGUGAGGUGGACUCGCUUAGGACCAUCAAAACGGCUAAUCCUGAUCACCCCGGCUACCAACACUGCCUUAAUCUCUACGAAGUGCUCACUGAUAAGAGCCGACACGGUCCUCACAUAUGCCUCGUCACCAACAUUCUGGGAGAGAACAUGCACCGUCUCGGCAGGCUGCAACCUAACAAGCGUGUAUUCCCUCUUGCUGUCGCUAAACGUAUAGUCAAACAGACACUUCUUGCUCUGGACUACCUUCACCGCGAGUGCGGCUUCGUACACACAGAUGUGAAACCAGACAACGUUCUAGUUUGUGUAGACUACGAAGAUGAAGCCAUAACUCGCGUCCUUCAAGAAACGCCAUCCGCCACAUAUGAACCUCGUUUCGAACCCACUUUAUCUCCUGAUCCUAUCAUCACAGUCAAGACGCAGCCACUCCCCAAUCUCGGUCUUCGAGAAGAUGCGAGCAACCUCAAGGUUUGCUUGAUUGAUUUUGGUCACGCACUUCCCGCCAAAGAGCCCCUAGCGGGACUGGCUCAAAUCGGUCUCCUUCGCGCACCAGAAGUUAUUCUUGGACAUGAGUGGUCUACACCCAUCGACAUAUGGUCCAUGGGGUGUUUGGCUUUCGAAUACCUGACUGGUGCACCUAUGAUUCUACUCUCGGAGUCCCCUUCCAUCAGCAUGGAGAAUCUCCAUCUUCAGAGAAUCCUUGAACAUAUUGGUCCUUUCCCACCUAGCUUUUUAGAACGAUGCCAACGCAGGGCUGAUUUCUUUGACGAACAAGGAUCACUCCGCGUUCAUAAUCUGAUCCCUCAAUCAAUGGAAAGUUGUCUCCGAGCAUAUAAGGUUAUGGGCGAGAAGGAUAUAUCCUCUGCUGCUGCCUUUAUUCGGAAGUGUUUAACUAUUGAUCCCCACGCACGACCUACGGCCUUGGAACUACUAGACGAUGAGUGGCUCAAAAACGCAUGAGAUGGCGGCGUGGACCUGUCGGAAGUAACAACGAAGUCUGUCAAGUGGUUUGUGUAAGAUUGACGAUGAACGAGCCUUAGACUGCUGACUUUUGUUUCAAGUAUUUC